ACUUCCGCCUCCAUCCGGCCGCCCCGCCCCGUUGUCCCGCCGUGUGUCGGCGUGUGUCGCGAUGUGGCGCGGCCGGGAUCGCGUGGUGGCCCUGGUGGACAUGGACUGCUUCUUCAUGCAGGUGGAGCAGCGAUACGACCCGCGGCUGCGCGGCCGGCCCUGCGCCGUGGUGCAGUACAAGCAGUGGCAGGGCGGCGGGAUCAUCGCCGUGAGCUACGAGGCGCGGGCGUUCGGCGUGUCCCGAGGGAUGUGGGCGGCGGAGGCGCGGGCGCUGUGCCCGGAGCUGCUGCUGGCCAGAGUGCCCGAGGCGCGGGGCAAGGCGGACCUCACCCGGUACCGGGAUGCCAGCGCCGAGGUGAUGGAGGUGCUGUCGCGCUUCGCCGCCAUCGAGCGGGCCAGCAUCGACGAGGCGUACCUGGACCUGACCGACAGCGCGCGGGAGCGGCUGCGGGAGCUGCGGGGGCGGCCGCUGGAGGCCGAGCUGCUGCCCACCACCUUCGUGCAGGGGCUGCCCGCGGGGCCCGGCCCCCAGCCCGCCGACAAGGAGGAGCUGCGGCAGCGUGGCGUGCAGGAGUGGCUGGCAUCGCUGUCUUUUGAUAACCUCAACUGCCCCGACCUGCAGCUGGCCAUGGGAGCAGUCAUUGUGGAGGAAAUGAGGGUGGCCGUGGAGAAGGCCACCGGAUUCAGGUGCUCAGCUGGGAUUUCGCACAACAAAAUGCUGGCAAAACUGGCCUGUGGGUUAAACAAACCCAACCGCCAGACACUGGUAUCUUCACGAUCUGUCCCGCAGCUCUUCAGCCAGAUGCCUGUCAGCAGUAUCCGUAACCUGGGGGGCAAGCUUGGUGUUGCCAUCACUGACAUCCUGGGAGUGGAGUACAUCGGGCAGGUGACACAGUUCAGUGAGACGGAGCUCCAGACUCACUUUGGAGACAAGACUGGGUCCUGGCUCUAUGAUCUGUGCAGAGGAAUUGAUGAUGAACCUGUCAAGAACCGCCACUUGCCUCAGUCCAUUGGCUGCAGCAAGAACUUCCCUGGGAAAUCAGCCCUGGCUACACAGAAGGAGGUGCAACACUGGCUGCUGCAGCUGGCCUUGGAGCUGGAAUCCAGGCUGAUCAAGGACAGGAGUCAGAACCACCGAGUGGCCAAGCAGCUGAUGGUGGUCAUCCGCAUGCAGGGAGACACCAGGCUGUCACGCUUCUGUGCUGUGACCCGCUACGAUGCACAGAAGAUCUCCAGUGAUGCCUUUGCCCUCAUCCAAAACUGCAACAUGGCUGGGGCUCACCAGGCAGCCUGGUCUCCCCCACUCAUAUCAGUGCACCUCGCUGCUAGCAAGUUCUCUGCUCCCACAUUCCUCUCCGCAGGCAUCACAUCCUUCCUGACUAGUGAUGCUUCAUCUGAUGGCACUGCUGCUGGCAGCACAGAGGCCACGUCUUCCACGAGGUCUAGGGUCAAAUUCUUCAGGAGCCCAAGCAAAGAGCAUAGACAGAAGCCGGCUAAUGCCAUUGAGUCGUUCUUCCAAAAGGCGACAGAAAGGCAGCAGUCCCAGGCAGUGCUAACCAGCCUGCCAGCUGCCUCCUGUGCUCAGUCACCUGCACCCAGCUCCCUGGGGCACCCAGAGGGAGAUGGUGCUGGUCUUGCCUCUGAGCGGUGUGAGCUGGAGGCCUCUGUGAAGUGGAGUUCUGGAGAUGGGAGCCCUACUUCUUCCAAGAGGCCGCCUUGUGAGGAGCUGCCGUCUGAUGCUACACAAACACCCUCAACUCCACCCAGCUCCAGGAUCCUCCUGAAGUUAGAGCCAACUCUGGAGGGAAACGAGCAGAAUUUGCCACCCCCCGAGCAAGCCCUGCUCCCUCAUGUCUCACCAGGGGACCAGCAGCGCUGUGAGAAGUGUGGCCAAUAUGUGCUGGCCUGGGAGCUCCCAGAGCACAUGGACUACCACUUCGCUGUGGAGCUGCAACGCUCCUUCCAGGAGCACAGCUCCCCACCAGCUCCAGCAGAGGUUCCCAACCCCAAGGCUGCAGCUUCUGGGUCUCCUGCCAAGGUGAGGAACAAGUCCAAGACUCCAACAGGACCUAAUGCAAAACGACCUCGGGAAAGUGUGACAAGGACUUUAGAUUUUUUCUUUAAGCGUUUACCUCCCUAACACACAGCUGUGCUGCAAGCUUUUAGAGAAUCAGUGUUUUUUAAAAACUAAACCUUUUAUGCUGCCUUUCAGCUUUUAAUCCAGAGAAAUCUAAUAAAUUAUCUCUACCCAACUCUA